UUCUGCAUUUGAUGUUUUUGGCCAUUCAAAUGCCUACAGCUACCUUCUACUGCUGGCAGAUUAUGGAACUCCUCUCAAUGCCUGCACUUCUCUCCAGCUUGACACUGGGCAAAUCCAUGGUACAGCACAGCUGAAGAACAUUGGGAUUGUUUCAACAGUUCUAAGUGGAGCUAAGGAGCAUCAGUCCUGGUUGGAGCUGAGAGGAAUGACAGAAAAUUGCAAGGAUGGAACUGGAAUGUGAAUGUCAG